CUAGGCAUUCAUAUAUUCCCACCUUCCCUGCAUUAUUAUUAUUAAGAAUAUCACCACUACUAUGCCGCCAUCGAUCCCGAGCGUGACUGAUAACCCAAAAAAGCUGAAUGUAGACCUAACAAUCAACGUGUUUGGAAAUCCAGUGACCAAUGACACUGUGAAGAAACUUUUUCCUGGUAAGGAAGAUAUCACCAACAGAGACAGGGCUUACGUGGCGUACAACCUGAAGGAUGACGAUAAGAAGCAAGAGGUCGCCGUCGAUUAUGCGGUGAGACUCAAGUACCUUGAGAACAUCGAUGCAGACAAGGCAGUUACAGUUUGUGUAUUUUAUAAUGCUACUGGAGUUACCAUAGAACUUUUUAAGGAGGAAGAUUUCAAUGGUGGCGCUACUGUAGGGCAGGGGUACCCUAGAGAGAUUCAAAAUGGCCAGUGGGCUGCUUUCCUCUAUGUGGGAUCACAUGGCGCAGUUGUAUACCGCGGCCAGCACGACUUACAUGAUUGUGCCUGGUUGCACGCUUGGCACAAUUUAGGCAGCAACCAUCGAAAAUCGGUUUUUACUGAGAUUCAAAAGCCUGACCAUUACGAAAAUGAUGAUGUUUUGACAUCUUUGAAAUCAUGGACUAAUGUUGACAAAGACAGUUGGAAUACUGGGGUUGGAUGCUACAGUGCUGCGUCUAUUAUCGAAGUCAAAGGUUUUCCCGACAAAUAUACAGGAAUAAUGACCUUGGAGGGUAUCCCUCCUUCACCCAUUGUUACAAAAUAUUCGUAUGAUUAAAUAGUAUAUAUCAUGCAAUAUAUAUAUAUAUAUAUGAAAUAAACUAUAUAUUUUGAAAAUUAUGUCAAUAUGUAUAGAUAACCCUAUAUGUUAUUACCAAAAAAAUAUAUGUAUACAUAUAUAUAAUAUAGAUAUCCCUACUUGCAUGUCCAUGUGUAUAUGCAUAUGUUAAAGAAUAAGGCUGUAAAUGCAAGUGCACUAUGUUGGCAUGCAUGCAGCAUUGAUGUUUAUAGACUUGGCUAUUUGUGUUCCAUCGUGUUGGGGAUUAUGUCCUUGCAAGAAGUUAUCAUAAUAAAGUGUUCUAUUUACUAUA